UUGUACCAGCAGGGACACCGUUCUCCAGCCGAGAUUCACCAUGGCCUCUGCACUGACUUGCACAGCAUUUACUUCGUGUUUACUGUCUUUUACGUUACUAUUUGCUGUUGUGUUUUGCGACGCUGAUGCAGAAGAAGAGGAGCAUGCCAAGCACACAUACACUGUAGAGAUGUUCACCGAGGCGGUGCCAACUGCACCCCACUUUGUCAUGUUUUACGCACCAUGGUGCGGCCAUUGCCAGAGACUGCAGCCUGCAUGGAAUGAACUGGCAGACAAAUACAACGGCAUGGAUGAUCCUCCUGUAUAUGUGGUGAAAGUGGACUGCGUCCAGAACACCAAGUUCUGUUCCAGCGAGCACGGCGUCAGAGGAUACCCUACACUAAAGUUGUUUAAGCCAGACCAAGAAGCAGUGAAGUACCAGGGACCAAGAGAUCUGCAGUCCUUGGAGACGUGGAUGCUGAAGACACUCCAGGAGGAGCCUUCAGAACCAGUAAGUGAGCAGGAGCCCCUUAAGGCCCCAGAGCCCAAACAGGGCAUGUAUGAGCUCACUGCAGCUAACUUUAAGGAACACAUAUCCAAAGGUUCUCAUUUUAUUAAGUUCUUUGCACCCUGGUGCGGCCACUGCAAAGCCAUGGCGCCGACCUGGGAGCAGCUGGCCUCCAGCUUCGAGCACGCCGACGACGUAAAGAUAGGAAAGGUGGACUGCACACAGCACUACGAGGUGUGCUCCGAGAACGGUGUCAGAGGAUACCCAACACUACUGUUCUUCCACAACGGACAAAAGAUAGAGCAAUACAAAGGGAAGAGAGACCUGGACUCGUUCAAAGAAUUUGCAGACAACCAGCUGAAGGCUGCGCUCUCUGCAGAGCAGAAGGAGGACGCAGCCGAGGAGCAGAAAUCAAACGAGAUUCCCACUGAUGAGCCAGCAGACGAGGAGGUAAAGUCCGACGUGUUGAUCCUCACCGAGAGCAACUUUGACGAAACGGUAGCGAAGGGCUUCACCUUCGUCAAAUUCUACGCUCCAUGGUGUGGUCACUGCAAGAAUCUCGCUCCAACUUGGGACGACCUUUCCAAGAAGGAGUUUCCUGGUCUCACCGAUGUCAAGAUCGCCAAAGUGGACUGCACCGUCGAGCGCACACUGUGCAACAAGUAUUCUGUGCGGGGUUACCCAACGCUGGUCAUUUUUAGAGCCGGGGCGCAGGGUGAUGAGCAUCACGGGGGGCGGGACCUGGAGAGCCUGCACAGCUUCGUGAUGAGGCAGGCGAGAGACGAGCUGUAGGAAGCAACACCUCUAUACCUGGAGUCUCCUGUUAUCUGGCCAGCUGGACAAGAGUCUCUGUCCUGCAGCUGCCAAGUCGGAUUUCCUUCAGGAAGGAGUUAAGCCAGCGACAGACUGAUGUCAUCAUCUGGGUCUCGUUUUUUUUUCUUUGUUUUUUUUUUUUUGUUUUUUUUUUUUUGUAUUUACAGACAGAAUAAAUGUGUUUGAAAUGUACUGUUUUUUAUGAAUCUCUCGUGCUGAAAUCUUACAUUUGUAAAUCUCUGCAAGCACUGGUCCAAUAACUGACAACUGUACCAAGUUGUACCCCAAAUGAACUGAUAUGCAUUGGGAACUGUUCAUUAAAAAUCUUGUUGUUUUUUUUUGUUUUCUGACUCCUGUGGGUUCCCUUUCCCUCCUACUAAAAUUAUAAACCUCUGCUGUUAUGACGCUGUGACUCCUGAGUUGUAAAAGUUGUGACGUCUCUGUGAGGUUGAGGGUUAUUUUAAAGGUACAUCAUGUAUAUCUGUUGAUAGCCUAUCUGAUGCAACUCUCAGGGAAAAUAAGUGGACCAGAAUAAUGUCACUCACACAAGAUUGUAGUUGAGACGGUAACCUGAGCCGUGGACGAGGACCAGAUUGUUUACACUUCACUAAAUACAAAAAGCUCUAAUAAUGAGCUUCGUUUCAUGCGAAAUGUAUACGUGACGUCUUUUGACUUUUGAAGUUUCAAGUAAUUAAUUUUGCAAUUGUAUUUUUAGUUUGCCUCUUUUUUUAAAAAAACAAAGAACAUCCAAAUGCAGUUUGUUUAUGUUUUUAUCAAACUAAGUGAAUUGCAGAUCAGGACCAUCUGCAUUUAUUUCUUUAUCACUGAUUUUUGCAUUGAUUGAAGCAUCAUUGAAUGUCCCUGGUAUAAAUAUGAAUAGUUUAUUAAAUGACAAUAACACAA